AUGGAGGAGGUGGAUGUAGAGCCCAGUCCCAUGGUUGGUAUGCACCAUUACAGCCAGCUAACACAUCGUCCACCGUCGCUGCGAAGACUUGAAAGAGGUGCAGUCCGGUGGGGUUACAGCGGAGAAGAUGCAGGGGGAGAAGACACAUCCCCUGAGGGGCACCAGUGUUGGUCCAGGUCUGCAGUUGCUCUCGACCUUUUGCUCGUGCACAGUACGUGUGAGGAAAGCCCAGACAGAAGACAUCUGCUCUCCCAUCCUGCGCAAGACGUCUUCAACGAGUCAACUGCAAGGGGUCCAUUUUGGCAGCACCAAGAUGGUUCUUUAGCGUCACAGUAUGGAGAUCAGGUCUCUAUUCUCUUGGCGAUCGAGCUCAUAUGGAACUUGUGUGAGGUUCUCUUCAUCGACGCGGCUCCAGCCGGGUCCCUGCUGCUCCACCUGCUGGAUUGGGUGCGUCUGCACAAGUCAGACGUGGACGCGAGAGCGCGAGAGGUGUUACAGAGCGAAAGCCCCGCCCAGCAUCAGUCCUACUGGGACGUGGUGAUCAGUUUAGUCCUGCAGGGCCGCAUGGAUGAAGCCCGUCAGGUGCUGUCCAAACAGGCGUCUCUGCGGGCCGAGAGCAGCUCUGUGUUCAAACGCAUGGACGUCCUGUUACAGACCAUGCCCAUCUUUAACCCCACAGGAACUCAAACGCUGACUGAGUUUGAUGUCAAAUGGAGACACUGGCACGAGGAGUGUGACCGCUGUCUCCAAGACAACACCUUCGCUAGCAACCGUCACCUGGAGACCAUCGUCAAGAUCCUGGUGGGUGAUGAAGACACGAUCCUGGAGCAGAAGGAGCUGCUGAGCACCUGGUAUCACUUCCUGGUCACACGGCUGCUCUUCACUCACCCCACCAUCAAACCGCCCGACCUGCACUACUACGCACAAUCGAGCAUGAACAUGUUUCUGGGUCCACGGGCGCCUCCGGAGCCUCUGGACAUCAUCCUGCUGUCGGCCUUUGAGUUUGACCUGCAUCAGGUGAUCAAAGACUGCAGCAUCGCGCUCAAUAACUGGUGGUUCGUGGCUCAUCUGACGGACCUGCUGGAUCACUGCAAACUCCUGCAGUCGCACAACCUCCAUUUUGGGUCUAAUCUGCGUGAGUUUCUGGUGUUGGAGUACGCCUCGCUCCUCACAAAACACAAUAGUCUUUGGCAGCUGGCGGUGGAUUAUUUCGAUCACUGUCCUGAGUUCGGUCGUGUGUAUCUGGAGCUGCAGAUCGAGAGAAUCCCACUCGACACUGAACGCAAAGCUAUUAAAGUCCUGCGGAUCUGUGAGGACAGACAGAUGAGUGAACAGGUGCGCAGUAUAUGCAAGAUUAUGGCUAAAAGAGCUCUGAGGAACAACAGACUGGGAUCUGCUCUGUCCUGGAGCAUCAGAGCCAAAGACGCUGCGUUCGCUACACUCAUCUCUGAGAGGUUUCUUCAGGAUUACUGUAACAAAGGCUCAUUCACAGAUCUGGAUUUGUUGGAUAAUCUGGGUCCUGCCAUGCUGCUCAGUGACAGACUGACGUUUUUAGGAAAGUACCGUGAGUUUCACAGGCUCUACGGUGAGAAUCGUUUUUCCGAGGCGGCCAAACUCCUGCUGUCCCUCAUGACGGCAAAGAUCGCCCCACGCGGUCUGUGGAUGACGCUGCUGACCGACGCGCUGCCGCUGCUGGAGCAGAAAGAGGUGAUCUUCUCAGUGGAUCAGACGUAUGAGCUCAUGUCCUGUCUGGAGGAGCUGAACACGGGAACCAAAGACUCAAACACGACAGACCAGGAUGAAGAUAUCGAGUCCACGAAGACGGAGCUCCUGCGACUGGCUCUGGCCCGUAACCUCGCCAUGGCCAUCGUCAAAGAGGGAACAAUAGAAACAUAAAAUCAUCUGAUCAUCCAAUCAAUCACUUACAGCUGUUUUUCACUCUAUUCGUGUCCUGUACAUAAUUCAUAAUCAUGACUUCUUUUAUAAAACUUUUUCCAGUAUUUGCAAAAAAACUAAUUUGUCUUGCUUAUUCAUUUCUUUUGCCUUUAUAUAAAAGGUCUUAUGAGGGGAAAACUCGAUUGUUCAUGCUCUUUUGAAUUAGAAUUUGAGGUACAGCAACAUAAAUGGCCUAUAAACUGUAAGAAUUAUACAGGGAUGGAAAAAUACCACAA